GGGCGCAGGCGGGAGCGGCGCUAUAGUGGCGCUGCCUCCCGCUACCCGCGGCUGCUGCGGGCGGGACGCGGCGGCGGCGCGGGGUCCCCGCGGGGUGACAGCGCGACCGGGCCGCGGCCCGACCUCCCCGCCGCUGCUGCCUCCUCUCCGGGAGCGAACACAGCCCCGCCGCUCCCCUCCGCGCCGCCCUUCCUGCCUCGGGGGUCGCCGGAGACCGCAAAAUGGCCGACGGGCGGGACGACGCCGCCAACCAGCUGAAGCAGUGGAAGAGCCAGCGGGGCUCGCAGAAACCAGAUGCCCUGACCACGGGUGCUGGGAACCCCAUUGGGGAUAAGCUGAAUAUCCUGACAGUGGGGCCACGUGGACCUCUUCUUGUCCAAGAUGUUGUUUUCACUGAUGAGAUGGCUCACUUUGACAGAGAGAGGAUUCCUGAGAGAGUUGUGCAUGCAAAAGGGGCAGGAGCCUUUGGCUAUUUUGAAGUCACUCAUGAUAUCACCCAGUAUUGUAAGGCAAAAGUGUUUGAGCACAUUGGGAAAAGGACUCCACUUGCCAUCCGCUUCUCCACUGUUGCUGGAGAAUCUGGCUCAGCUGACACAGUUCGUGACCCCCGAGGCUUUGCCAUGAAAUUCUACACGGAGGAUGGGAAUUGGGAUCUUGUGGGAAACAACACUCCCAUCUUCUUUAUUCGGGAUGCAAUGUUGUUUCCUUCCUUCAUCCAUAGCCAAAAGAGGAACCCUCAGACUCAUCUGAAGGAUCCAGACAUGGUGUGGGACUUCUGGAGUCUUCGUCCUGAGUCUUUGCAUCAAGUGUCUUUCCUGUUCAGUGACCGUGGCAUUCCCGAUGGCUUUCGCCACAUGAAUGGAUAUGGAUCACACACCUUCAAACUGGUUAAUGCUGGUGGAAGAGCAGUUUACUGCAAAUUCCAUGCCAAGACUGACCAGGGCAUCAAAAACCUUUCUGUGGAAGAAGCAGGAAGAUUGGCUUCUACUGAUCCCGAUUAUGCCAUACGGGACCUUUACAAUGCAAUUGCCAAGGGGAACUAUCCUUCAUGGUCCUUCUACAUUCAGGUUAUGACCUUUGAAGAAGCAGAGAAGUUCCCAUUUAAUCCUUUUGAUGUGACUAAGGUUUGGCCUCAUGCUGACUACCCUCUCAUCCCUGUGGGAAAGCUGGUCUUGAACAGGAAUCCUGUCAACUACUUUGCAGAGGUGGAACAGAUGGCUUAUGACCCUAGCAACAUGCCUCCUGGAAUUGAGCCCAGCCCUGACAAAAUGCUGCAGGGACGCCUCUUCUCAUAUCCUGACACCCACAGACACCGCCUGGGCCCCAACUACCUCCAGAUCCCUGUCAACUGUCCCUUCAGAGCCAGGGUGGCCAACUACCAGAGGGAUGGGCCAAUGACUGUUUCUGACAACCAAGGUGGUGCCCCAAAUUAUUACCCAAACAGCUUCUCUGGUCCUGAGGAUCAGCCCCAGCUCAAGGAGAGCCACAUGUUUGCUUCAGGGGAUGUUCAGCGCUUCAACAGUGCCAAUGAGGACAACGUAACCCAGGUGCGAGAGUUCUACCUCAAAGUGCUGAACGAGGAAGAGCGGCAGAGGCUGUGUAAAAACAUUGCAGAUCAUCUGAAGGAUGCCCAACUUUUCAUUCAGAAAAGAGCUGUGAAAAACUUCACUGAUGUUCAUCCUAGUUAUGGAGCCUGCAUCCAGGCUUUGCUGGACAAACACCAUGCGGAGGGUGGAAAAAAGGAUGUAAUUAGAACAUACACACAGGUCACAGCUCGUACAUCUGUCAAGGAAAGAUCCAACCUGUAAGCCUGCAGAGAUCUGCUCUGAAUUUUGCAUCCUUCCAGCUGCACAAGAACCUGUCCAACACUUUAAUGAAUGUAGCAGAUUUGGGCCCAAACACAGGAGUGUUUUACAGGUGUGAUUUACUGAGCUCUCAAGUGCUGUCUAUACUGGAAACCAGGUAACACAAGCUCGAAUCCUAGUGCCUUUCAACACUAGUGCUUUACUGCUUGAUAACAACUUAGAGAAUUUUUAAACAACUCAUGGCUAAGAAAUUGUCUUCAUUUCUAAUAGCAAACAGAAAUGUAAUCAAAAUACUACUUCAUUUUUUUUUUCUUUGUUGUGCAACUUUCUGUCACACAGUAAAAUUUCUGUAAGGGGAUUGUGAGAAACUGCUCAUGGAGAAACUGCUUGAAAACUUGAUGUUGUUUAGUAUUGCUAAUAAAAUAAUUAUCUGUCUGUAUUUCUAAACACAUCCUCUUGAAUUUAAUUUUUGGCCUUCAGAAGUAAAAUGAUACCCAGUAUCAUUUGCCUUGAGUAAAAUGUUGGUAUGUCUCAUUCCUUAUGAUAGAGACAAAGCUAGCUACAAAGCUAAAUCUAAAUAUAGUUCAAUUUUAUUCCCAAUAUAUAUUUUAAGAUAAUCUUUGCUUACUAGUGCUGUGUUGCGAUAAAACUGACAUAAGGGAGGUAGCAAAGGAAAAAAAAAAUUCUUAUUCCAUGCACUGUUCAACUAAACUGAUUACACCUUACAUGUUUCAGGGGUAGGAGAGUAAGUUGUUCUUUCUAAUCUGUAAGAAUUUCAGUAGAAAGACAUUAACAUGCCAAAUGUUUGAGAAAUAAACCUAAUGCAUUAAUAUUGAAAUUCAAGCUCAAGAGCUUUCAAAACCAUUCCCAGUGGUUGCUGAAAUUCUUAUUUUAUUGCAGUAAUCUGCUGUUACUAUUUCUUGAUCAAGCCAGGGCUAAUUUUCAGGGUGAUCCUUUAAAGCAUGUUUGUAUGAGCAUAGAUAUCUAGAAAAUAUGUCUAAAAUCUGAUUUGAGGCAUGUUAUAAUGUUACCCAGCAUCUGCAGUUUAGUUAAAUUGUGCAAAAAAACUUGGGACCCCAUCUAUGGAAUAGUUAUUGUCCAAGCUAAAUGCAAAGCAUUUCUGAGACCAGCUACUGCUUUUAACUCAGGCAAAUGUAAAAAAGUAAACUUACAGCAGUUUGUCAAUAAUCACUGCAUUUCUGGGUCUGCCUUGGGUUGUACUUCGACUAGGAUUACUUCCUGAUUUAAGUGUGAAUUCCCAGAAAUGGUGGCAGGUAAAGAACGGUAGAUACUAAAUGCUAUUCUGUUAAUUUUUGGAGAAAGCUGAAUUGCAGAGCAAAUAAUCUACCAGCCUAUUGUGAAAAAUCAGCUGGGGUAGAGGUGCAAUAAAAUAAUAUGAACUGAAAACCUGCUGUAUUCUAGGAUUCCAUUGGCUUUUUACCUGAUCAGGCAUGUGGGAUUACAUGAUUGGGUGAGAAUAAUUUGUUCUGGAACAGAGAAUCCUAAUGAGUUUUGGAAAAGAGCAAACAAGGGGCCUGAUCUUCUAAUUCUGGUUGUGUCUGCUAAGUGAUUUAUAUUGUUGUCUUAUUUCUGAAAUAAAUGGAAUGAAAAAUCUC